AUGAUGGACGCCGAGCGGUGCGCGCACGUCGGCACGUUGGUGGAGGCGCGGGGCGCCGGAACGGUAUGCACCUCCUGCGGCUUGGUGGUCUCGAGCAUCAUAGAGGAGGAGACCACGGGCGGCGUCGUCGCUUCGGCUCCCGUGUCGAUACUCGAGUCGAGACUGCGCCGGCGAGACGUCGACUUCCUGAUCGCAGCAUGCGAACGACUGUGCCUGCCGGUGGACGAGUACCGUGCGCAGGUCGAGAACUACCUCGGCGUCAGGAGGCCCAAGGUGUAUGAGAGGAACAAGCGGGCGUUUCUGGCGGCCCUCAUCGUCACCCUGAGCAGGAGUCUGAAUCAUCCGAGGGUCACGAAAGAAGUCGCAUCGGUACUCGGGCUGAGGCAGGGCGCCGUGUAUCGGGAGGUGAAGGGCAUCGAGAAGGCAUCGGGACGGACUAUGGACGCGAGCGACGACACGGGCGUCGCCAAGGCCGGAGAUAUCGUGCCGCGCAUCAUGACGGUGCUCUUCGCAUGGGAUCCCGCGCGAGUGGCCAUGAAGGAUAGGAGGAAGGCGAUCACGAAUGCGAGACGCAUGGCCGAUGUCAUAGACGAUUCGGGGAUACUGGGCGGGCGCACGCCCAGCACGAUAGCCGCAGUGGCCGUGCACAUGACAGAGUUAGAGACCGGUGAGGCCGGGUGGAACAAGGCAUCUACGCCGUAG